CGGGGGAGUGGAGCAAGCUGACCAGCGAGCUCUGCAAGGCCUAUCUGCGGUACCACCGUCUGCGGCUGAGCGACUCGACGGCGGAUCUGAUCACUCGCAUUCAGAAGCAUUACGAGCUCAAGGACGUUCAGCCAAGCGCCAGUACCCACACGCGUCCUUCUUCAUUAAUUGUACAGGUGACGUCUGCAGAAAUGACGUCGUUCUGUUUAAUCAACGAAUUUCCACACGGUCGAUCUCAAGGCACGAGAAGAAGGCAAUGCAUGGAGAGUUUCGGUUGGUGGCAGGGAGAGUGGUCAGUGAGAGCUACGGUGUGAAGAAGCAGCAACACACUUUCACCGUGGAGGUUUUUUGGAGCUCUGGUCUACAUGCGCUGGCUCUAAUGAUGCAGCUUCUUGUAAAGGGGAGGGUACUGUACAGACACAAGACAUUCCGACAG